CAGUGACUUUUGACGAAAAUCAAUACGUGAUUAAAAAUUGGAAAUAACAAGACAUUAUUGUGCACAAAAAUAUGAGUUUGAGAAGUUGAGUAAUUUAUUAAUAUUUUGAUACUGGACUAACAUUAUAUAAUAUGGUUAAAAUAAUAUUUCUCCAUCCCGAUUUGGGUGUUGGGGGAGCAGAGCGUUUAGUUUUGGAUGCCGGCUUGGCCUUCAAAAGCAAAGGCCACGAUGUAAUAUAUUACACAAAUCAUCACGAUCCAUCACAUUGUUUCGCCGAAACUAGAAAUGGGACAUUUCCUGUGAAUGUAGUUGGGGAUUGGAUCCCACGUUCUAUAUUUGGAAGAUUCAAGGCCGCGUGUGCUUAUGCACGUAUGGUUUUUGCAGCUAUUUAUUUAGCAUGGUACGUGAUUCCGGCUGAAGAGCCAACUUUAAUUUUCUGUGAUUUGAUUUCAUUAUGUAUUCCAUUCUUAAAGUUGGCCCGUGGGCCUCAUAGAAUAGUUUUUUAUUGUCAUCACCCCGAUAAGCUAUUGUCUGCCGAGGGAGGUUUCCUAAAGAAGUUAUACAGAGCUCCACUUAACUGGUUAGAGGAAUUGACAACUGCUAGGGCAGAUAAAGUUUUGGUUAACAGCAAAUAUACAGCCAGGGUUUAUAAAGAUGCAUUUCAAAAAAUUAAAGAUAUUCCCGACAUUUGUUACCCCUCUAUCAAUACAGAGUUUUUUAAAUCUGCUGUGCCAAAAGCCCUAAAAGACAUAUUGCCGAUAGGUGCAGAUAAGUUUGUUUUUUUGUCUAUCAAUAGGUAUGAAAAGAAAAAGAACUUGAAAUUGGCAUUAUUAGCAUUAGAACAAUUAAAAAACAUGGUUGAUGAAACUGAAUGGGAGCGGGUACAUCUGAUAAUGGCGGGUGGUUUUGAUCCCAUUAAUUUAGAAAAUAUGGAACACUUUAUAGAACUAACCGACUUAACGGCGGAACUUGAUUUGGAAGAAAAAGUGACAUUAAUGAAAUCUCCAAGAGAUCUAGAAAAGGUAUCUCUGUUGUACAACUGUAAGGCAUUGAUUUAUACACCAUCAAAUGAACAUUUUGGUAUUGUUCCUCUUGAAGCGAUGUAUUAUUCCAAGCCUGUCAUAGCGGUGAACAGUGGCGGACCGACGGAAACUGUUGUUAAUGAAGUCACAGGUUUCCUAUGUGAACCAACGAGUGAAUCCUUUGCGAAAGCUAUGUUUACUUUAAUGACUGAUCCUGAACUAUGCAGGAAGUUGGGUGAAGCUGGGAGGAAGAGAUUUGAUACAAAAUUUUCCUUUGAGGCCUUCACAAAUCAGAUAGAGGGAAUAUUAACAAGGGAAAGACAAGUUAUAUCUGAGGCUCGUGCCAUUGAAUAUGAGAAGAAAAAUAAAUAGCAUGAACCCAGCACUCGGACAAUAUUUGAUAUUGUUUGAGUGUUAAAUAGAUCUCUAAAAGAAGUUUUAUUAUUGUAACAUUAUUUAUGAUUACUAAUAUUUGUUGUCUAUGCAAUCUUGACUAAUACAAUAGCUCGGUCUUACUCUAUGUUUCCUGUUUUCAUGUUGCACACUUAACAUAUUUAUUUUACCUGUUCUCUGUAUGAGAUAAAUAUUAAAUAUAUAACAAUAGAUAUUAUCUUAUAGUUAAGUAAGCAGUAUAAUUAAGUUUUAAUGCAACACAUUAUAAAAAAUGUUGCUCGUCCUGCAUUGAGUGUAAAAUGUCUUGUAGCUCUGCCACUUUACCUAAAAUCACUAAUAUAUUUGUUUUGUUAAAAUAUGUUGAUUAUUAUAUUAAGCCGAUAAUUUGAACUUUAUGUGACUGUUUUGUUUCGUGAGUCACAAAUAACAUUUGUUUGUCUGGUAACUGGUUCAUGUUAUGUGCAUUUAUUAGAAUAUUUGAAUGUGUAAAAAUUUUUAUAAUUUUGCUAAAUAAGAGUAGUAUUUUAUCAAAAUGUUAGGCCUAUUUUCCAUCAUAUCGUCUAUUUUUAUAUUAAAUAACUACCAUUGUUAUAGUACAAUUCUUUGAUUUAUUUUUACAAGACUCAACGUGAGCUUGAACUUGACUGGCGCGAAACCAAAAUGAUUAUAUCCCUUUCCUCUGUAACAUUGUAUAAUAACCGCUUAUAAAAUAACAUGUGUAUCGUAAUAAAAAGCAUUUUUAUUCCACUA